AUGUCUCCGGCUUUCCUCCAUCCUGCCUCCCCAACCGGAUCGACCGAACGAUUGGCCGAUGAGCUAGCUCCGACAAUUGAGCAGCUUCAAAAACUUGGUGCGGGCACCGAAGUUACUCUACCACAGGCCCUCUCGACGACCGAAUCGUUGCUUCGUCUUCGCCAUACCUUCAUCGACGAUGCCCAUCCUCGUACCGCGAAAGACGCAUUUCGAUACAACAAGGGUUUCCAAACUCUUCUGAGGCUGGCUGACCAGCUAGCUGAGCUCUAUGACCCCGAAACCCUGUCCAAGGAAGAACGAAAGAGCCUACUUGGUAUUUUCAAGGACGUCUUGGGUGUGCUGGCCGAGAGCCUGAAGGAACAUUUCGGCAACAAGCGAUAUUUUGCGCGGAAGAUAGUCGGAGGUGGCAUUGCUGCGUUGGAGAGAACUUUGACCGUAUUAGUCAAGAAGAUAGAUACCACGAAGAGUGAUGCACAACAUCUCUAUGGGGCCAUCCUGGCCGCAGCUCUAUGCCAGGAGACCGUGGCGGGUAUUUUUGUGACACUGGACACCAAGUUUCCCGAAAGCGACACUUCACGGUCUCCAAAGGAAAUCCAGGAAGCUGUUGACCAUUGCAUUGGGUCGGCAGAAACCGUGGAGGUGCCGGAACUGCUCGGGCCAUUCCUUCGUGUUUGGCUGAUGCACUCAUCCUUUUCGUCCGGAUAUGAUGUUCUCCGCCUGGCUUUACCCGCUUGCCUGUGCCAACUCGCCUCUCAAUCUCGCAGAAACGUCGUAGCCCUUCAUGCCACCGAUAUGCUGACAUCGAUCUUGCCUCUCUUGUUUGACGGUGCACGAUCCGGCAGCGAAAACGCAAUCUAUCAAGAUCUUGCAAAAUAUCUCAGCGUUCAAGGCAUGAGCAACCUGGAUGAUGCGGUUGCCCUGUAUCGCGGGGCCCAUGAAAACCCGCAAGUGUUGAAGGUCCUGCUUGCUGCUCUCAAGUCAUCCAAGGAGCCCCCAUCAAUACAGUUCGAUAUGUCCCGACACGGCUAUUGCUCUGUUGAGUUCGGAACCCUUGGCCGCCCUUUUCCACCUAUCACCUCCGCUGGAUACACUCUGUCUGCCUGGGCUCGUUUUGAUGAAUUUGAUUCCAAUACCCAUACCACUUUAUUUGGAGCGUUCGAUGCUAGCCAAACAUGUUUUAUUCUUGCAUAUCUGGAGAAAGACACUCGAAAUUUUAUCCUUCAGACUUCAAUUCGAGGACCACGACCUAGUGUUCGAUUUAAGUCAGCCAAGUUCGAGCCAAAGCGCUGGUAUCAUAUUUGUGUGGUGCACAAGAAGCCCAAGCCAAUGUCUUCUGCGCGGGCAUCCCUUUUCAUAGACGGUGAAUUCGUUGAACAAUUGAAGAUCGAAUAUCCCUCGGUUCCUACAAGCCACCAUCCAAGCAGACCACCCCGCAUCCAGGCUUUCUUUGGCACUCCCCAAGACCUGGCAAUGCGCCUAGGAAAGGGAGUGUCUACUUCACGGUGGUCGCUUGCCAAUGGCAUACUUUUUGACGAAGCUUACAGUGAUGACAUGAUUGCUGUGUUCUACAACCUUGGGCCUCGGUACUACGGUAAUUUCCAAGAUUGCCUGGGAUCUUUUCAGACAUACAAGGCUUCUGCAACCCUCAAUCUGCGGAACGAACAUCUCCACCCUGGCAAAGAGGAAACCUCAGAUAUCGUCACUGCCAUUCGUAGGCGGGCAAGUACUUUGAUUCGCGAGAGCUCAAUCUUGAUCAAUGUUUCUUCUACUGCUGUUCUGGAUGAUGAUGACAGUAAUAAUGUUGACGAGUCGCAACUGAUUAAAUGCUUGUCAAGACAGGCAGCAAAGAGUUUGCAGCAACUCACCAAAGCAGGUGGCAAUGCUGUUGCUGUUAACGGCGCAACUCCAGCUAUCAAUGAUGGGCUAACACAGCCCCAAGGAGUGGGCAUUCUGACUGGUGAUCCUGUUGUUGCCGUUCCCAGAGCACUUGACGACGCCAGUUGGUGUCUGGGUGGCUGUGCUGCGGUCCACUUGAGCUUAGUCCAGGCUGCCAGUACCGCAGAAAGCACCUGCAUGGCCGUGGAGGCUCUCUACGAAGCCGUGCAAGACAAUUGGAGAAAUAGCGAGGCUAUGGAAAGAGAAAAUGGCUACGGUAUUCUGGGGGCUUUGUUGCGCGAGAAGCUUGGAUUCCACAUGGGCAAUGUCCCAGGCGCAUCGAGAGUUCAUGUAGUCAGCUCCGACCCCGAUGAGCUAUCUACUCUUACGCUCGACUUACUACGUCUGACUCUCGCAUUUGUUGGAUACGAUUUCAAGCAACCCAAUCGAUCCAUUAUCACAAAUCCGCUUGCCUAUCGUGUCCUGCUUGUCGAUAUGGACGUCUGGCGACUGGGAGAAUCUCCUGUGCUUGAACUGUAUUACUCGCAAUUCCGCACAUUUGCUUCUGGUAGCAAUUAUCGUCGUUUCAACGCUAGACGUCUCGGUCGUAUGCGAGUCAACAAAAAGCUGUUGGAGACUUUGAAAAGCGGGGACUUAACUGAAGAGUCACUCCAACCUUGUCUAUCGGCAUUCCGCUCCUUGAUGGAGAGCAGCCCAUCUCCCGAUCUCUUACGGUCACUGGCAUUAUCCAUUACCUAUGCACUCCACAAGCCAAAGACAUCCUCUAAUUUACAGAGAAAAAAGAGCUUGCGGUUUGUUCCUCCUUCGUCCCGACCAGCAUCGGCAAGAUCGGAGUCAAGUAAAGUACCCAGUAUCACUUUGGGGAUUGAGAUGCUGCGUCUCUAUGCAUCUGUGCUGUGUGACCCCCGUGAACCCGCGCCAUUGAGGAAGUUCGCUAAAGCUGUCACCAACAAAUGGCUUCUUUACCUCAUGUGUGAAGAUGAGCCUGAGAUCGUGGUACUUGCUACAAAGAUAUUAGCCCGUCUAUUAGUGGUUCACGGUAGCGGAUACAGCAAGAAGUUUGCAGAGAAAAGCGGUGGCUAUAUUAUCCUAGAACACCGUCUGAAACGAUGGUGGGAUGUGCCCGCUCUGUGGUCUAUAUGCUUGUCCAUCUUCUUUGGCCGUGAUACUGCCAUGAUGGACCUCGAAAAGCCAUUUGACCGGUCUAGUCUGGUGGAUACGUUCCUGGCCGAGGGAGAUUUAAAUGUUGUCUUUCCAGAUAUGCUUCCGGUAAUUGUGAAUAUGAUGAAGAGCGGUAUGUGGCAUAUCGUCAUGCACGAGGGUGAAACCAGUGCCAGUGGCAAAGGUCUCGAAGAGCAUGCUUCCAUUUGCGAAAAGCCAAAAAUGGGCUCGCUCAAGUUGAAUGAUGCUACCACGGCCGAUCAGACCAUUCUUGGCUUUUCCGUCAUCAGCUCGGUUGUCCAAUUUUUGGCAGAAGCACGCACCAAAUCCGCAAGCUUCCAAGAUUUCACCACGCACUCUACAUACGUACAAGAGCUUCUUUCUGUGCUAUAUCCUGUCAUUGUCGGCGCUAAUACUGUUGGUCCCAACACGGAGCUAAACUCCGGCCACAGUGGGCUUAGCUUUGACGACAGCAACUUGGUUCUCCGACCACGCUCAAGUACUGCAAAUGCACCCGCCGCUUUGCAGACGGCUACAGUAGACGAUUCGGGCAACCCAGAGGAGAGCGCUGGUUCUUUACGACGUGGCUCGUCUUUCAUUCUAGUUUCCUCUGGCAAAGCCAAGCACCAGCCCUCUUGCGCUCAAAUUCGACGUUUUGUGAACCCAAGAUUUACCGGCAAUGAGGCUGCCAUGCAACAUCCGCUCGUCAAGUCCAUCUUCGAACUCAUCUUGUCUGUUUUCAAGGAUCAGCUACUAGGCCGCAAAGACUUCUCAGGUCUUGGUCUCUAUCUCAAGACCCCACCUGGUUUCCUGGAACACCAAGCUUACUUCAACUCCUGGGUCUUCAGCUGUGUGCUUUCCACAUUACAGGAUUUGCCUUUGGUUCAGCCGGGUCUUCUCCAUGAGCCCCGGACCCUGACGAAUCUUGGGCGUCUAUCAACACAUUUGACAGAGGCAGUAUAUGAAGGCUGGUUCAUCAAUGGAGCCGCGUCUACGCUAGAAUUCACCGGGACAAUCCUAGAAUAUCUGCAGCGCCCUGACAUAUCUCAGCUGAAGAGCAUCCGUCUGUGCAACCAGGCCGUGACUACUAUCCGCUCAACCCUCUAUAAGGUUGUCUUGUUCCAGCUGUCAGAAGCAGAUGACACACAGACUGUUCCUCUCCUAAAUCGCUUGAAUUACUGGCAGGUGGUUCUUCUUUCCGCAGCUGAAACCCAGUCAAAGCAUUUGCACCUGCUAUGCUAUCUUCUCUAUACCAAGUUGAUCAGCACUAACGCAGAUGUCCGCUCAGCUGCUGCAAGUCUAUGGAGAAUCAUUUUGGUGCAAGCACCCGAUGAAAUAGUGCUUCUUCUAAGCCAUGUUCCUGUCGCCCUCCAACGUCGAUUGGCUGACGGCUUUGACGCUCUUUCCGGAAUGGAAGAUGAAUCAUUCUUACAGUGGAUUGACGAACAACGAGUUGAUCUCGAUGCUUUGUUCUUUGGCAUAAUGUCUCGAUCAUGGGAGACAUUCGUGCAAGAUGAGAAUGCAAGCAGCGAGGAAUCUGUCCGCACUCGUGUCUCAAAACGCAAAGACAAACUGAGACAGUGGGCUCAGAUCGAAAAGUUUGACGAAGACAUGGUUCGGAAGCACGACGCAACAUUACCACACUGGAUCUCCAACAUUGCAGCAUCGGAGUUCUUGAAGUCCCAAAGAUUCUUGCAAGACCUGCAGGAUAGCUCAACAUUCAUGUGGUCUGCCUUCUCUAAUCUGCUACUCGAUCUUCGGCGACCAGGUGGUCUUCUAGCAGAGAACAAAGAACGAAGAUGGCGGCUGGACCAGACGGAAGGUCGCAGCCGUAUGCGACUUCGUCUUGUUCCCGAUGAGUCUGGCGGUCGACAAGACUACCAGCCUAAGCGGAAGGCCUCCGAGCCCCCUGUAGUCAAAAUUGAUACUCGGAUACGUGCACUCUCGGAGGGGGAGAGCAUGAACACGCCUCAUCCACUAAACGGCGAUCCCGAAAAUGUGGAACCCGAGUCACCAGGGGGCGAUGCUGACAAUCGAAGCAUAUUGGAGGAUAACUUCGAGAUGAUCGAUGAUCCUAAGAUCGAACUGGAGGACUAUGAAGAUAGGAACCGGAAGGUCAUGCGGUCUUUGCAACGUGGCGAUCAAGUGCAAAGCGUGUGCAACUUGUCUCGGAUCAUCGGUCUAGAAGCAGUGGAAGGAAUCUUGAUUCUUGGAAAAGACUGCAUCUACAUCCUGGACAACUUCUUCCAGAGAGCAGAUGGCGAAAUUGUCAAUGUUUGGCAAGCUCCUAACGAGGAGCGAGAUCCUUAUGUACGAAUGAUUGCCGGCCGAGAAUCCAAUGACCGCCGCUCCCAAGAGCAUGAAACAAGAAGUUGGAAAUGGUCAGAUCUGGUCAGCGUUUCUAAGCGCCGCUUUUUAUUCCGUGAUGUGGCUCUGGAAAUAUUCUUCACGGAUGGCACAAGCUAUCUGUUGACGCUGAUGUCCGCAAAGUCCCGAGACGAUUUGUGCAACCAACUUGGAGUCAAGGCACCACAAAUUACCGGAAGUGCUGGACAUUCACGGCCAGAAGAUAUUUGGCGCUUUGAGACACUCCGCAGCCAAGAUGAUGCACCCCAGUCCCUUGGUUCAAAGUUUGCCAGCGUCUUCGGUCAUCUCCCAUCAAAUCCAGCAACGCGGAAAUGGGUCAAGGGAGAAAUUUCCAAUUUCCAUUAUCUCAUGUUGAUCAACACUUUUGCCGGACGUACCUUCAACGACUUGACCCAGUACCCUGUCUUCCCAUGGGUCCUUGCAGACUAUACCAGCGAGGAGCUUGACCUGACCAACCCCGCCACCUUCCGGGAUCUGUCAAAGCCUAUGGGAUGUCAAACUCCGGAGCGAGAAGCGGGCUUCCGAGAGCGGUACAAUGCCUUCGCUGAGAUGGGCGACGACAACUCGCCUCCUUUCCAUUAUGGAACCCACUAUUCCUCUGCCAUGAUCGUCAGCUCCUACCUCAUUCGCCUCCAGCCAUUCGUCAAAUCCUAUCUCCUCCUUCAAGGUGGCAGCUUCGACCAUGCAGACCGCCUCUUCUACUCCAUCCGCAAAGCAUGGGAAUCGGCGUCCCGAGGAAACAUGUCCGACGUACGAGAACUGAUCCCCGAAUUUUUCUAUCUCCCAGAGUUCUUUGUAAAUUCAAACAAAUACGACUUCGGUCUGCUUCAAAAUAUGACCACGGCUAUCGACUCAGUUGAGCUGCCACCCUGGGCAAAGGGCGAUCCCAAAAUCUUCAUCGCGAAGCACCGCGAGGCACUCGAAAGCCCCUACGUGUCUGAGAACCUGCAUCACUGGAUCGAUCUGGUAUUUGGCAGCAAGCAAAAAGGCGAAGCGGCCAUUGAAUCUGUCAAUGUCUUCCAUCAUCUUUCUUACAAGGGUGCCAAGGAUCUGGAUGCUAUUGAUGACCCCAUGGAGCGACUUGCUACUAUUGGUAUCAUUCAUAACUUUGGACAAACUCCCCAUCAGAUCUUCCAGAGACCUCAUGCGCCGAGAGAAGAUCAACGUCAUCGUAUACCUCGAUUGGACACGCUUGCAGAGUCGUUAACGCAGAUGCCGUUGUCUCUCCUCGAUAUCGAAGAGCGAGUGUCCAAUCUGUCCAUGAAACAGGAUCGUCUUCUUUGCACUGCUGCUCUCAGGCUGAAUGUCCCACCAACUUACGAGUAUUACAUGGAGUGGGGAUUCUUCGAUGGAAGUGUCCGGUUCUACGCCACUGACACUCGCAGGCUUCUGGGACACUUUGAGCACCUCCACGUUGGCCAGCUCUCCUGCGCCAGCUUCGCAGAUUCACGCACUCUUGUUACCUGUGGCACCGACUGUACUAUUUCACUAUGGACGGUUACUGCGACUUCCAAGUCGGUUGAUUUGCAGCCCAUUGGAUCACUCUUUGGCCACCGAGCACCUGUAACCGUGCUUGCCGUUUCACGUUCCUUUAGUGCAUUGUUAUCUGCAUCUACUGAUGGACAGAUCAUGCUAUGGGAUCUCAAUCGACGAUGCUUCGUGCGAGCACUGCCUACGGAUGGUACAGUUGAUUGUGCCCGCAUCAACGAUGUCUCUGGAGACGUCAUGGUCUGCCGUGGCAAUCGCUUGACCCUGUACACACUCAAUGGGGUGGUGCUAGUCGACCAGCCUGUGUGUGAUUCAGGUGAUGAUCACGUCUUAUCAUGCGUUUUCUACGAAGGCGUGCAAAAUGAAUGGCUAGAGCGUGAACUGGUAUUAACCGGCCAUUCUCGCGGUGUGGUCAACAUCUGGAGCAAAACUAUCCGCGCCGGCCGUUGCGAGCUGGAGUUAAUCCGACAACUGCAUCAUACUGACAGCAACCGUGACACCGGUGCGAACAUUAGCGCGGGUAUUAGUUGCAUCCUGACCCUUCCCCACGUGGUUUAUACCGGGGACGAGGCAGGCCGAGUGUAUGAGUGGAAUUGUAUCCAGCGCCGCUAA